GGUUUCAAAAACGACAAAAUUUUGCAGGGUCCCUUUGUGUUUAGUUCCAGUCAAGUAUACAACAAAUCAUCCGUUUCAUGCUCAUCAAGUUUCUUUGCUAGAUUAGGUUACCUGCGUGAAAGGUGUUGAUUGGGACUCAUUUACUGUAACAAAUUAUGAAAUAGAUAUUCAGAAAUGUGCACUUUUUAGCAGGGAAUUUGAGUAGAUAAAGCCUUCCUAUAUUUUUUUAAGUAAUAACUAUUCAUUUAUUUAACUUCACACUAUACAAAAUUAAAGUAUUACAAAUAAGAUGGGAAGUUCGUAUGGCGAGAAGCGUGAAAUUCAUGUUGGUCCUGCAUCUACGCAGGAAAUUAAAGGGAUCCAAGUUUUACUCAAGGAUUUGAAAUCCCUUCAACAGGAAGGAGGAAAAAGUGGAGAUUUAAAGUUUCAUUUGAAAGAUGGGCAUUGUGUUAAAGCUCAUUCGCUAAUUAUUAAGGCCAGAUGUAAAAGAUUCAAAGGAGAAACAUCUUACCCUCACGUGUCUCAAGAUGUGUUUAACACAUUUCUCACCUGCGUUUACACUGGGAAGUUUAAGAUAGAAAACAUCAGCCCUCUCACGCUCUAUCCUGUGUACCUACUAGCCCUCGACUUUGGUUUGGAUGACUUGUCCUCGACCUGUGAAGAAGUCAUGAUCUCAAACAUGGACCACAAUUAUGCUCUCGUCCUCCUCCAAGAAGCCGUGGCCUCGCUUUCUUUGCCCUCUUGUUCCAAACCAAAUCUGAUCGAGAAAGAGAACGGAAACGGAAAUAUCUCGGAUGGGGUUAAUGGAAUUCCAGUUUCUGGAGUAAGUGUCAAAUCCGCCAUAAAAAAGUUAACGCUUUCACCAGCCAUUGCUCCAACUCCGUCACCCCGUCAACUUGGGGAAGAUAUGCGUUUCAAAGUGCAGAAAAUUGUGGACACCACGAUAACAUACCUCAGCGAGAACAAUCCAUCCGGAUUAAAGCGAAAUACUGUAUUUCUCUCGCUUUCGGUCGAAACUAUCAAAGUUAUGUUGGACUCGGAACAUCUCUGUCUGGAAGAGGAAGAAGUAUGGCGUUGCGUCCUCCGCUGGGCACAAGCCAAGGCUGGCGUCGAGGCUCACGUCUCCCUUUGGACGGAGGAAGAACGCGUCGCCGUUUCGCAAUAUUUAACCCCUGUAAUUUCGCACGUCAAACUCUUGCUCAUCCAUUCUCGCGUGUUUGCGGAAGAGGUCGAGCCCACAGGUUGUGUGCCAAUGGCUCUCUCAUUGGAACGGUAUCGAACCGCGGCACUGUCCACAUUUGAGGCAUCACUUUCCGGAAAUGGAGAACUCGACCCGCGACUGACCCCGAGAAAUGCUCAAAAACUUUUCCACUCCUCUCUCAUUAUUAACAAUGAGAGGAGUUGUUUGGGGAAAAAGUUGCAAGAGUGGCAUUCAGCCCAGGCAUCCAGAGUGAAUAAUACGAAUUGGAAGUGUGUUUAUCGUGCAUCUCAGCAUGGGUUUGCAGCGGGGGAUUUUCACGCAAGAGUUGAUGGUCUGGAUGGACCAAGCGUGGUUUUAGCGCUUCUGAAAAAUAACAAGUGGAUAUGUGGAGGAUACACAGAUGUUCCAUGGAAUAGUACAAAAUCGCCGAAAUACAUCACCUCCUCUAAAUCGUUUCUGUUUGCCAUGAAUCCAACCACAAACGGUGUCCCGAUUCAGUUUCCGGUGACGAAAAAGCAUUUCGCAGUGUGUCAUGAUGCCAACAGCGGCCCGAUUUUUGGAGCUGGAGCAGAUCUCUACAUUUCCUCUAAUUGUAGUACAAAUUCCGAUUCAUACAGCAACCUUCCCCAUUCUUAUGAACAAAGUGGUGGAGUUAAUGGCAGUAGUCCUUCUGGAGGAGUAUCUGAAAGUUCGCCGGGUUCAAGGUCGAGAUCGCUUACCCCAAACUCGUCUUCUUCCCCAACCGCGUUGGAUCUUAUUGUCGCCCCCUCCUCAAUUAAUAAGAAAGGAAAAUCGUCCCGUGCAGAUAAUUCGAUAAAUGGAUUUGCAUUUGCACCAGCGUAUCACUUUAUGCUCGCUGACUAUGAAGUCUUCGUACCCAGCAACUAAGUAAUUUAUGACCGUGUCUUUUUGCAAGAAUUUGAAUAUCGUGUGCCUGUACCAUGCCAUUACAAAUCUUAAUUAUGCCAUUUUAUAAAAAGUUGACAAAUAAUUCUAAAAUAUUUAUAUUGAUGCAUACAUACAUGUAUUAAUGAUUUUAAAUGUUUUUAUUACUAUUGAAAAUUCAAACUGUUUACGGCUUCGAUAAGACCGUCCCCAGGAAAAUCAGAAUAAAUAAUGCCCACAAACCGUGGCUUCUCUUUUUGAA